AUGGAUACCGGAACGAAGAAGGAAGUUCCGGCUGAAAAGAGAUCAUUUUCCAAUCUUCCCCCCGAGAUUCUAUCCUCCAUAGCCGAUAGAUUACCGAUGAUUGAGCUUUUAGGUUUCCGUGGAACCUGUAAUGAUUUCCGAUCUGCUUCAUCCACUGCGUCAGCUGCAAUCGAAUCUCUUCGAACUCCAUGGUUACUGUUCCACAAAACCGACAGUUCAGAAUGUCUCAUCUACAACGGCGAAGAAUCAAAAACCUACAAUCGGAACAUUCCAGAUCUCAAAGGCGCAGUCUGUCUUGCAUCAUAUCACGGAUGGCUGCUAGUAUAUAAAGAUGAAUCGAUUUUCUUCUUUUGCCCCUUUUCACUUGCGAAAAUCGUUCUUCCCGAUUUCCCACACAAGCAAAUCGACGGCCAUGUCGCGGCGUUUUCCGACGUACCUACCUCCGAUCACUGCAUCGUCUCCGUUAUCAACCUUAUCGAUGAAGCGUCUGUUGAAGUAAACGUGAUUUCCAAAGGCCAAACUGCGUGGACUCCACACAUGAUACCGACCCGCAAUAGUUUGAACUCUUCCAUUAGUGCAGCAACAUUCGAUGAGAAGAGUCGAAAUUUUUACUACAUGGAUGAUGGGAAAAGUAUGUUAUCAUUUUCAGUGAAAGAUAAAAAAUGGAAAUCCUACACCAUCGUGAAAGGUGCUGAAGUGAACAAGGAUACGGAAAGUAUGCCUUAUUGUUAUAAUAAGCAUGUCUUUCGUAACAGGAUUGAGGAUACCAGAGACCGAUUUAAUCUUGAAGACGAUGAAUAUGUUGCUGUUUGUGGAUUAUCAUACGAAUCAGCUGAGGAUUGUCAUCGACAUGUGUAUCUAAACGAAGUUGUAGAUGAUUCUCCUUCCAAAAAGCGUGUGCGUAGAGCGGUUUGGAUUCAACCGAGGUUCUUUGAAGCUCAUCCCAACCAGCUGCGAUGGUAG